UUUCAAUUUUAUUUUUUACGGGCCAUUCGAUUUCGUAUCUACCUGUUUUGUCUCUUGUUACCGUUUUUUCGAAAUGUUUUUUGGCGAAUUCAUCAUCUUUUUCUGUUGGAUUAUCGGAAAUCCCGAAACCCUCUAAUUCCCACCAAUUAUGAAUUUUUUGCUCACUCGUUACUUGACAAAUAUUAAUUAAUUCUGUUUUUUCCUCAAUUUGUCCUUUUCCAAUUAUCAGAUUCCCUAUUUUUGUUUUUAAAAUAUUAAAACCAGAAUUUAUUUCAUCAAAGUUCAUUAUUUUUCCCAAAUAAUCAAUUCCUAUUAAUAUAUGCGGCUUUACAUCAUAUAACAUUUUAGAGUUUAAAAAAGUGUUUUCAUUCUUUUGAAGGAUCUUAUUGUCAAUUUUCUUUAAAUUUUCUAUUAAAUCGUCAGUCCCUCUUGCAACAAUGUUAAUUUUUUCAUUAUUUUGUGUGUUUAAUUCAAAUUCAAAGACUGGCGAUGUUACGACAAUUGAUUUAUUAAAAAGUCCUUUUCCGCGAAAUUUUUUAUAAAAUAAUGGUUUUAAAUUUAAUUUUUCGGCAAAGGAAUUCAAAAUAAGGGAUAUCUCACACCCCGAGUCCAAAAAAAUAUUUGCUGUUUCACUUUUAUUACCAUUUAUAAUUUUUCCUAUACCUACCGGUAAAAAUGUUUGAGUUAUUGUAUUUUUAUCACAUUUUUUAAAAUUAUUGAUUAGAACAAAAUUAUCAUUAUUAUUAUCAAAUUUUAGUUUAUUAUAUUUUAUUUCUUUAUUAUCUUCUUCAAUUAAAUUAUUAAACAAUAUUGGAUCUUCUUCCGGCUCAUUCUCCACUGUGACGCAUAUUCUCUUGUCCUUCUGUGAAUUAUUACUUUUAUUCUUGUAAUUUUCAAAAUUUUUAUUAUUAUCACUGGUGUUAUUUGUAUUACUUAUUUUAACGCAAAAGGCACUAUUAUGUCCUGCUUUUUUACACAAAUAACACAAAAUUUGUUUUUUGCAAUCUUUGGAUCUAUGUCCUUUGCCAAAACACUUGAAACAAAUAUUUAAUUGUUUUACUCUUUCAAUUCUUUUUUCUUUUGAAUUAUAGGUGCUACAUUUAUUUUCCCAGUGUACUUUAUCACAAAAAAUACAUUUAUGUGCUGAUUUAAUUUCACUAUAUUUCAAGUGUUUUCCCUGAUUAUUUUGCGUUUCUUUAGUAUAGUACAUGGCAGUAGCGUGCAUUUUAUGCCUUUGUUUAAUAUUUUUAUUUCUAUAGUCAAUAUCCUCUUUAUUAUCAAUUUCAAAAUCUUUAUGAAUACGAUAAACAUCCUCUUCGAGCUUUAAAUAAUCAUCCAGAAAUUUUAACAUUCUUUUUAAAUUCCACCCUAUUUCUGUUCGCUUUUUUCUAUAAAUUUCUGAUAAUAUUCUCUUAGGCAUUUUUGACUCAAUUUCUAAAAUUAGCUGCUCGUGUUCUAUAUUUUCACCCAUGUUUUCUAACUGUUUUAUUAUUGAUUCAAUUUUACGUAAUGUUUUUCUAAUUUCAGGUAUGUAUUUUCCUGAACGAGGCAUUCUUCUUAAAGCUGAAUGUAGACUGCACUUUAUGCUCUCUUGAUCUCCAAAAUUCUUUUGCAGCAAUUCUAAAACUAUUCUAUAAUUUUUUGCUUCUAGAGGAUACUGAUCCACGAGCUCUAAUGGCUCUCCUUUUAAUGCACUUUUUAGAUAUUGCAUUUUUCUUUUUUCUGGAAUUACCUGAUCUUCGACUGCUGCCUUAAAUUCUUCAUAGAAAGCAUUCCAAUUUUUUAAUUCGCCACUAAAUUCUGGCAGUUUAAUUUCCGGUAAUUUAACGUUAAUAUUUUCUGUAUUUAUUAAAGGGAUGGAGCUCAUUUUUUCUAGAGUGCGUUUAUUUUCAGCUAAAAUCUCUAAAAUAUCUCGACUUUGAUCCAUUACAACUAAAAACCCAUUAGGUCCUGUACCAAAAUUUGCAUACGCUUCUUUUUCAGCUGCCCUUAGAACAGGUCCUAAACUCCCGAAAUAAUUGACAUAAUUCAUAUUUUGCUUGUCUAAUUCCUCCAUUGUAUUUUUAAUUUUUAUUUCUAAUGACUCAAUCUUAUUAUUUAAAUUUUUAAUUAAUUCUGAUUUUUCUAACUCACUUAAAUUAACGGCGAUUGUAAAAUCUGCGCUGGCGGCCUCGGCGUUGAUACGAAUGAGACGUUCCUUCAAAAUUUUGAUUCCUUGUUCGAUUAUAUCGCCCAUUUUGAUUUCGGCGCUGAUUAAAGAAGAAACGUUGUCUUAUUUGGUAGGGUUGUCUUUGUUGGGAAUUAUAACGUCUGUCAGAUCGGCGAGAAUAAUUAGGUUGGUGCCACUGACGAGAAUAACUUCUACGAUUAAAAUUACGCCUUUCCGGUAUAUUUCUGUUUUGUUGUUCAGAAACACGCUCCUGUGGAAGUUCCUGAGGAAGUUCUGGAGGAGGUGGUGGUGGAGGAAGAAAGUAUUGAUAAGGCACUUGAUGCUGAAAGGGGGGAACUUGUAUUUGAAUAACUACAGGCUGAUUUUGUUCCUGUUCUUUUGCUUCUUUAGCUUCUUGUAUUUUUCUAUCCUUAAUACGUUUAUUCAGAAGCUGUACACUUUUUUUCACUAAUUGCUGAGCAACACCUUUUGUAUUUGAUGUGUUUUUCGGAAGGGAUGAAACUCUUUGAGCCCUCCCGACUUGAUCAGUGUUGGACUUCAGCUU